AUGCAGGUAGAUGAGAAAUUGAAGGCGAAAGUCGCUGAAGAGUGGUAUGAUCCCAGCUACGGAGCGAGUCCAUUGAUGAGGGCGAUUUUACAGCUGGUUGAAGAUCCUUUGGCGGAUGCAAUUUUGGUUGGAAGGGUGAGAAACGGGGGUUCUAUUACUCUGUUUCCAGACGGCGACGAGGGCAGUCGCAAGAUGCCAGUGUGUUUGAAUGAAGAAGCAGAAAAAGUAAGGUGA